AUGGCAAGUAAGGAUGAGGACGCCAACGACAACGUGAGGGCCAACCAUGCCGCCAUCAAACCCCAGUCACAGGACCAGAGAGAUCCUCCCGAUUCAGGAAAUGAUGGCGGGCAUAUCAUCCUUCCUGAAGCCGGCGAUGGGCAUGCAGAGUCAUCACAUCAAGACGGAUCAGCUCCCACCCGCGACCAGUGUGACACGCCUGGGUGUCGGGGUCAUGACCCAGAUGAGCUCGCCCCGAAGCUAGCCAUACAGUGCACAGCUUGUUUAGAAGAGCUCCCAUCAAUCAAGAUGUUUCAACUGACCUGCAAGCACUAG